CUUUUGCCGUUGCUCAUGGCUUGGGUGGUGGGAGAGAAAAAUGAGGAAUGAUUCGUUGGUUCGUGGGCAAUCUGAGUCCCUAAUCAAUCGUAAGCAGUCUUCGAGGACAAAAGCCAGACAUUGUCACGAGUGCCGUGCAGCCGCCAUGGUGUUGGCUUGAGAGAAGAGAUAGACCGAACGCAAACCAGCGCCAUCUCAACGCAGGAACCCUCUUCAUCGGCUGUCAUCUUCAUAGGACGGCUUCGACGGUUAUAAGCCACAGUAGUAGAAUAGGACACAAUGGCGAGCAGUGACGGUCUUCCGCGAAGAAUUGUCAAGGAGACACAACGUCUGAUUGCAGAACCCGUGGCUGGAAUCAGCGCAACUCCGUACCAAGAUAAUUUACGAUAUUUCGCAGUGGCCAUCGAAGGUCCAGCCGAUUCUCCCUAUGAACGAGGUGUCUUCCAAUUGGAACUAUUCUUGCCAGCGGACUACCCAAUGGCACCUCCCAAAGUCCGCUUCUUGACCAAAAUAUACCAUCCCAACGUGGACAAACUGGGGCGAAUCUGCUUGGACAUUUUGAAGGACAAAUGGAGCCCUGCUUUGCAAAUUCGAACCGUCUUGCUCAGUAUCCAAGCUCUAUUGAGUGCACCCAAUCCAGAUGAUCCCCUCGACAACACCGUCGCCGAAGUCUGGAAAAAGAAUGAAGCCGAAGCGAUUCGACGGGCCCGGGAAUUUACCGAGAGUUUUGCCAUGAAAGGCGGCACUACUGCUGCCAGUGCCACGGCAUCCAUGCCAAAAAAGUCGUGCUAGGUUGACUUCACUCGACUCUACCAUGAUGAUGAAACACAACGCAAAACUACGACAACCAAAACAAUAAUGAACGCUGCAAAAAAGACGAGGCAUGGUCUCUCCAUGUUUAGUAUUGCGGCUAGUGGUCGAUAGAAUGGUCGAGCUACCCGCAAGGAAAAUGGAAAGGCACAAUGCUCGUUGUAGAAAUCAAAGAUGCACCUUGUAACAAAGUGAUAGGUCUGAUAUAUUUAUAGAAACUACUCGGGUGAGCAUCGUAAUUGAAGUAGCGGCGCAUCAUCUAGU